CAGUGAGCAGCAGAGAGAGCCAGUCUGUUUUCAGCUCCCAGUUCACUUUAGCUGCUCUGCCAGACAGCAUUCAGCCAUCCACCAUCACACACUUUACAACACAUCCACUCUCACUUUACGACAGCUGACAACACCUUUUCAUUCUCUCAGCAGCAGCAGCACAGACUAACACAGCCAGAUCAACAAGAGAAGAAAAAGACAGACUCGAGUUGAACCGCUACCACACCAGCUCAGAAGAGGCUGGGUCGAAGCUGGAGAGGGUGACUGGAGCAUGGAAUGGAACCUCAGAAGGAUGGAAAGUGAACUGAGGCAUAUCAACCCUGACCUGCUGCAGCCCAGCAAGAGCUUCAAGAAACCCUCCUCAGGCACCAUCACCCUAAACGUUGGGGGUUUCUUGUACACAGCCCAUCGGACCACCCUUGCCAAACACCAAGGCUCCUUUCUGGAAGAGCUGGCCAAUGGUAAGAAGCCUGUUCAGCACACUGAUUCCAUGGGCAACCCAUUCAUUGAUAGAGAUGGUCCAGUUUUUCGCCAUGUGCUCAACUACCUACGAACAGGAGAGCUGCAGCUACCUGACGACUUCCGGGAGGCAGGGCUCCUGCGUCGGGAGGCUGAUUUUUACCACCUGAGUGAACUGGUGGAAGCUGUAGCUGAUUGGGAAAGUCAAAGGGCUGCCCAAAGAGAGGCCGCUUUUUUGGAGGUGACAGAUAGCCAUGAAAGGUCGCAGGGCCUAAAGGUGUACUGCAGUGACGCCGCCUUCCUUGACAAGAUCAAAGGGCGCCUUGUGCAAAUCUCCAAAAGCCGCUUGGAUGGCUUUCCGGAAGAAUUUGUGGUGUCAUCAAAUGUGAUCCAGUUCCGACACUUCAUCAAGUCGGAGCCAGGCUCAAGGCUCGUACUGAAGGAGGACAGCACCUUCCUGUGCACACUGGACUGUCUUAAACUAGAGACAGUGAUGCUAGCACUUAGAUCUGGCUUUAAGCUGGUCACCAGCCUCGACAGCAGCAAAGGUUCCGUGGUGGCAGCUGAGGCCCUGCAUUUUGUCAAGUAGAAUGGAACAAAACAGAAGGAUAACAGAGGAGGAGAGAGAAAAAUAUAGUUCUGAUUCUAUAUCCAACCUGCUUAUGUGAGGUACUGGCUAGAAGAUGUGCUGAGUGUAAUGUGUCAUUGGAUGAAAGAAGGAAAACAGGGGGUUUUGACAGUCUCAGAGCACCAUAUUUAGAUAUUUACUGCAAAAUAUUGGCUUACUGACUCUUGCCUGUAAAAGAUUUGGGUAACACUGAAAUUUUCCAAUUAGCAGAACUGGCCUUUUGGCAUCAACCUCUGCACUGCUUUGUAAGUUUGUAUCCAUAAAAUUUAGACUUUUACAGAUCAAAUAAGCAUUUGUGACGUUUAUAUUGGAUCUAUGAGGCAUCACAUAUAGAAAUUACUCUUUAAUAUAGAGGACGAAUGUGAAACUAAGAUUCUGGGCAAAAUAAGUUCUAUAAAUGAAUCAGUCUGUGCACAAGAACUGCUUCUGCUUCUUUGAUGAUGGCUGAAAAAAGCCUGCAAAACCAGCUGUGGAGUGCACUGUUGUGCCAUUCAGCUUUUACUACAGUCUGUGCCUGUGUGUAUGUGUUUCUGUGUGUGUGUGUGGGUGUAUGGGUGUGUAUGUGUUGCUAUAUACUGUGUGUGCUGUUAUUAGUUGAUUUAAUUGCUUGUGUCUAUUUUACAAGCCUCUUUGGAGCCUUAAUGGAAACUUGCAGCUCAUUUACAUUGUUAUGAAUUGACAAACAGACUGACAGACUGAAGCAACAAAACUGUAUCUGUGUGUCAUCAGUUAAACUUAAGUGCAAAGAAUCGUGAUUAUUGUAAGGGCUUUGAAUCUAGCAUGAUGCAUGUGCACUAAAAACUGUGUUUGUUAGUGCUGUAAGCCUCUGUGAAGUCAGUGCCACGA